AUGGGGAAGCGCUCGAUCGAGGACUUCUUUCACCACAAGUCGCAGCCCAAGAGGCAGCGUCCUGAGCGGGCCGGAACGUCAACCCGAGCGGAGGUGGUGGAUUUGAAUGCUGAUGUACCCGCCAUUGAUCGGGAAGAGAGGGUGGCCUCCGCAUCCGGAUCUGGAGCCGGGCAGGCCACAGACGGCGCCCCAGGGGACCCGGAUGCUUCAGCUCUGUCUGCAGCGCAGAAACAGAACAUACUGGUCAAUAAGAACAUGGCUCUCGCGCGGCAGGCUGUUGCGUCGGCAGUGAAAAAUGGUCAGCAUCCUGAGCUGCGAAGUCUGCUCGUUGAGGAGACUUGGAAGUCGAGACUGUCGAAGGAGUUUGGGAUGCCAUACUUCGCCAAGCUGCAGGGCUUUGUGCACAAGGAAUGGUCGAGCACUACUAAAAUCUUCCCGCCGAGCCACACACUUUUUAACGCGUUGAAUUCUUGUCCUUUUGAAAGCGUUAAGGUGGUCAUAAUCGGCCAGGAUCCAUACCAUGGAGAGAAUCAGGCUAUGGGGCUGUGCUUUUCAGUGUCGAAAGAGGAGAAGAUCCCUCCCAGUUUGAGGAACAUGUACAAAGAACUGCAUGGUGACGUUGGUUGCAGCAUUCCUGAUCACGGAGAUUUGAGCAAGUGGGCACGGCAGGGUGUGGUGCUGCUGAAUGCUGUGCUGACAGUUCGUGCACAUGAGCCAAAUUCACACGCCAAGCAGGGCUGGGAGAACUUCACAGACGCUGUCAUCUCACACCUGAAUAAAGAGCGCAAAGGUUUGGUAUUCCUGCUUUGGGGGAAGCCUGCACAGAUGAAGGGAAAGAGGAUCGACAGGGCUGCACAUUGUGUUCUUGAAACUGUUCAUCCAUCGCCAUUGUCAGCAAACAAAGGCUUCUUUGGAUGUGGCCAUUUUUCAAAGGCCAACAAAUACCUAGAAAAGAACGGAUUAACGCAGAUUGAUUGGCAGAUCGACUGA